AUGGAGGCGCAAGAGCGUUCUGUCGAUGACGCAAAGGACACCUGUAUUGGACAGAAACUUUCGAAACGAAGACCUGUUGGCUGCAGCGUGGAUUGCGCGUUGGGCUUCAGCGCUCCGAGCGGACCGCCUACGGUACCGCUCCGCCGGGUGCUCCUGCCAGCGUCUCGCGUUAGAACGCCUCCAUGUCGUGAGGCGUCCCGUUCAGGAACAGUGUGCUCCACGAGAAACGUUCCCGGAAUCGCCCGUAUUGCUUGCAAGUCCAGAGGAGCGUUGCGAGCACGAAAAAUUGGUACACAGCGAGCUGUGAUCGUACUUCGGCACGCACAGCGACCACCGUUACUUUGGGGAAAACCGUCGCCAGCACUAGUCUUUGGUCUGGGAACCCUGCUUGCUGCUGCACUGGUCUGGAACCGUCUGGCGAACCUAACACUGGUGGAAGGUACACGAGCGCGUGCCGAUCUCGUAGGUGCGAUUGCAAGCAGUGCGCUCCUGUUGUAUGCGGUGAGUGCCUGGCAAAUAGAGGUUCGCAGCACAGCUCCGGUACGCAUUCGGGACGGGCACCAUCUAGAGCAGACAGAGACUAUUGCCUUGGGAGGCGAACUUGAAACCGCCUUGGCAUGGCUCAUUGAUACGGUGUUUGGGGCGUGCGCGAAUGUCACGACUGCGGUCUGGCUGACAGGUGAUAAUACCGGCCGCAUCGUUGCCCAGCGGGGCAUGGUCAAGGCAGCACUUGGAUCCCAGGUUGAUCUAAGGCGUUUUGAAGAGCUGGGCGUAUUGAACCUCCGCGACCCGGUGAGCUCAAGGUACUUUGCGGACCUGAAAACCGUCCCACGAAGCAUCGAGUGGCAACAACUGCUACCAGCGGAUACACAGUCCGCCUGGCUGGGUACCUUUAAGGCGCCACUCCAGCGUGAUGGAUCGCAACCUGCCCAGUCUUGUUUUCUGCUGAUCCUUGGUUGCAACAAGAUACGAGGUUUCUUGGAUAAGGACCUGGAGAUGUUGGCAUGCUUCCAGCAGCAGUGGAUGCCAUGA